AAGAGAAGUCCUCCACAUUGUUACCAAAUGGCUUCUGAAAAAGAGUACAUGAUCUUUCGUCCAAACAGUGCUAGAGUGUGGGAUUUUUUUACCCUUGUUUUCUCUUCAAAGAGCCUUUCAAAGUAUGACUUUGUAGAUACAAACACACAGGCUAGUAAAUCCCCAAUGAACAUCACCUCAAGGCUCUUCAUUCUUAUUUUCUUGUUCUAUUCAAUCAUCUGCUCAUUAACAUCUGGAGUAGGAAACAAGUUCAAGAGCUGGUUGGAGUAUUUUCUCAACAACGUACUCAUCAAUGGUGGUCUCUUUGGCCUUAUUAAGAACACCAUCAAAGGUUCGAGGAGAAGACCAGACCCAAAUGCUUCUUAUUUUAGAUCAAUGCAUAGCUUUGUAUCAGGAGAAGUCGAAGAUGACAAAAAGUUGGCAUCACAUUUAGGUCGGCCAGAUCAAGAAGCUUCUUAUUUUCAACCAGAGCAUGGCCUUGUACCAAAUCAUCUUCCCGGGCAGAAAAUGUUGUUACAUGCAAAGCCUACUUUUUUAAGGUCUAAAUUGGAUACAAGAGUUCAAGAAGAUGGGCACAUGGAGCUUGCUGCAUUUGCCUCAAAAUUAGCUUAUGAGAAUCAAGCUCAUAUCCAAGACAUUGUUAACAACCAUUUGAAGAUGCAUUUUGUGGAGUUCUUCAAAGGCUGGAACUUUUAUGUCAAUGCCUGCACAACCAAAGCAUUCAUAUGUUGUGACAAAAGAGAAGAUGCCGAACUAAUCAUCGUUGCAUUUCGCGGCACCGAUAGCAUUGCUGAUUGGAGAUGCAACUUGAACAUGAGCUUCAUCUCAAUGGCAAACAUGGGCAAAGUUCACUUAGGUUUCAUGACAGCCCUAGGACUCCAAAAGAAUCCAGAUCUAGACAAAUUACAAGAUGCCCAAAUGGGCUUCCCAAAAGAAUACAAUGGCAACGAACAAUUAGCCUAUUAUUCGAUAAGAGAAGUUCUCCAUGGUCUAUUGAAGAAGCACAAGAAUGCAAAGAUUUUAGUGACCGGACAUAGCUUCGGUGGUGCAUUAUCAAUUUUAUACACUUCAUUGCUUGUAAUGCAUGAAGAACAUGAUAUAUUGAAGAGGGUAAGUGGGGUAAUGACCUUUGGACAGCCAAGAGUGGGAGAUGCUUGUUUUGGAGAAGCAAUGGUUUCAAUACUAGGAAAGAAGUACACUAGAAUGGUUUAUAGACAUGAUAUUGUUCCAAGGAUUCCAUUUGAGAUCCCUGUUAUUGACUUCAAGCACUUUGGCUCUUGCAUCAGCUACAAUAGUUGGUAUUAUGGCAAGAAUGUGAGUGAAGUGCCAAAUAGAAAUUACUUCAAUGCAUUAUAUAUUCUAGUGAAGUUUUGGGGUGCAAUAGAAGAUUUCUUCCGAGCUAUUUGGGUGGGUGAGGGCUUCAUAGCAACACUCAACAGGCUUAUUUGGAUCAUUGUCCCUGGAGUAGCUUUCCAUAAUACCAAGAAUUAUGUCAAUGCCACAAAGAAAGCCAAGAUUACCUACUAAAUUAUAUGCUAAUUAAGUUGGGUAUGCUACAAGCAUAUUUGUCUUUUCCACUUUCAUAAGGUUGUAUUCAACAUUGGUGUUUCCAACUUUGAUUGAGUGUAUGACAUUAUUUUAAUGCUCUUAAAUAAGCUUCAAAAAAUUAAAAAA